CCCUGCCAAUCCCUCCCAGCCCACCGCAGAUUUCUGGGUACGAAUCAUCGAGAUGCUGGCUGCUGCUUCCGUAGCCAUUUGGGCUCGAGGACUUGGCUCAGCCAGCGCGCAGGCUGCGCAUCACAGCGUUGCGGUCUUGAGGAGGAAGAUACCGGCCGCCCUCCGAAGGGAUGGCUGCAGCGGCCUUCACGCUCGCCCCUGGCGCGCCGGUCGGCGUGCCGGCGCUGCCGCCGCCGGCGAGCGCGGCCACACCGCACGCACCUCGGCCCGGCGCGGAUGCGUCGAGCAGCUGGCGGCCGCUGGCCACAGCUGGCACGGCGGCCGCGGCGGUGACGGCCGCCGCCUCGCGGGGGCGCGCCCGCCGGGCGAACCGCCGGGCAGGGACGAGGCGCCAUGCGCUGGCUUUUGUGGGCGAGGGCACCACCAGCAAGUCCACGUCGUGGUCUGGGCUGACGCCGGGGAAGGACUACGAACUCUCCAUCUUCAGCCAGGAGAUCGCCGAGAACACCCGCACGAUUCGCUCGCACGACUGGGAGCGGGAUCGUUUCGACAUCGAGUUCGCGCUCACGAACGGCACCACGUACAACGCGUACACCAUCAAGGGCGAGACGGCGACGGCCUUGAUAGACGCCUCCCACAAGAAGUUCGAGUCCCUGUUCAUGGACUCGCUCGAGUCGCCGGACGGAGGUGAUAUCGACCUUGCUACCCUGGACUACAUCGUGGUGUCUCACACUGAGCCGGACCACUCCGGCCUCAUCGAGAACAUCUUGAGAAAGGCGGCGGAGAAGGGCAAUGACAAGAUCACGGUCGUGGGCUCCAAGGUCUGCAUUGGCUUCCUCCAGAAUCUCAUGCACAUGGACUUCAAGAACAUGAUUGUUAAGGACGGCGCCACCAUCGACCUGGGCGGCGGCCACGAGCUCGAGUUCCUGGCGACCCCGAACCUGCACUGGCCGGACACCAUCUGCACCUAUGACCGCAAGACCGAGCUGCUCUACACCUGCGACAUCUUCGGCAUGCACUACUGCAGCAAGGAGAUCACCGACGUGGAGGGCGUGGAUGCGCUGAAGCCGCACUACCAGCUGUACUACAACUGCCUCAUGAAGCCGAACGCAAAGAGCGCUACCACGGCGAUGAAGAAGCUCCCGAAGCUCGCUGGCCCCGUGAGCGCCGUGUGCACGGGCCACGGGCCGAUCCUCACCCACCACAAGGACGAGUGGCUCAACAUGUACCAGACCUGGUCGGAGGACGCCCUGAAGGUGCUCGGCCCCGCCGUGUGCAUCUUCUGGGUGAGCCGCCAUGGGGAGUCCGAGCGGCUGUCACAGGCGCUCGCCUUCGGUCUGACCUCGAACGACGUUUCGGUGGAGAUGCACGACCUCAACGCCAUCGACGCCUUUGAGGUCGUGGAGGCGUGCGGCCGCAACCAGGUCAUCGUGGUCUUCGCGCCCCCGAUGACUGGCAUAGCGGAGGAGAACCUCAGCAGCAUCGUGGCCAGUUGCAACGAGAAGAACCACAAGUUCCUCGUCAGCGCCAGUUUCGGUGAGAACGAGGACCCUGUCGACUCCAUCGUCUCGCGUUUCGUACAGGUGGGCAUCCCGGAGGCAAUGCCAGCCCUCCGCCUGUUGGACGGCACCCCCCAGUCGCACCUUGUCAUUUACGAGGAGCACGGGCUACUGCUGGCCAAGCAGCUUCUGGAGAAGAAAAAGCAGGCGGCGAAGGACAAACUCAACGAGAAGACCAUGAAGGCCUUGGGCAAGAUGGGUGGUGGCCGCUACAUCAUCACGGCCUCCAAGGCCGAGGUCAACUGUGCUGGCGUGGCCACCUGGGUGAUGCCCGCGAGCACGGAGCCGCCAUCGGUCGCCAUGGCCGUCGCCAAGGAGGACGCGCUGCAGACCGUGAUGCAGGUGGGAGACACGUUCGUGGUGAACAUGCUCGAAGAGGGGAACUAUCUGCCGCUGCUGAAGCACUUCCAGCAGUCCUUCGCCCCUGGCGCCGACGUCCUCGAGGGCAUCGAGACGCUUCCGGUGGAGGGCGGCUCGGCCUUGAAGGGCGGUUGCGCGUUCCUCACCUGCAAGGUGAGCUCGCGCAUGGAUGCUAGCGACCACAUUAUCAUCUGCAGCGAGGUGGUAGCGGGAGAGGUGCUCCGCCAGGCCCCGAUUGCAGCCAACUACCGCAAGACUGCCGCGUACUACUGAGCAGCCGCCGGCGGAAAGAAUGGAGGAGGGAAUCGGUUGGUUGAGGAGCAGGUGGAAAUUCAAGCAUGGUUACGGUCUGGGGUGGUGGAGUGAUACGUGGAACCUAGACUUACAAUGAGCCAAUUUAGCAUAUGGCUCGAAUUCGUAUGCAUGCGAAUGAGCCGAAGACAAGCUCAGCGCGCCGCUUUCGCAUGGCAUCGUCGGCGCUCGGUAGCGGCCUUUUCGGCUGAACGCUCGCGGGGGAGUAUAGCUCUCCAUGCAUUUGAAGGCGAGUGUAGUUCUCCAGAUUCAGUUUUUCGGGCAUGUCGCUUGAGUCAGCGACGCCCCUUUCAGAUACCUCAUUGCAGGAAGCACUGCAGGAGGAUCGGUGAUAGGCCUGGCUCAGGGGUGCGGGGUGGGCAGUCCACAAUCCACAAGUUCGAUUCCAAAGUUGUAGGGUGCUGGGGCCAGUCUGGGCGCUGGUGCUCACUGCUCCCAGUCCGCGUGCCGUCAUGCUGUCGCGCUGGCAUGUUGCACAGACCCGCGUCUCUAGACUCGGCUCGCAAUCGCUGAGCUUCGAGGAGAGCGUACCCUCCUCCCCAAAAGGAUGCUGGCUGCUGCUCGCAGACUCGCAGACUGUCCUUCCGUUGUUUCCAGGAUGUCG